CAUCAUCUUCCAUUCCAACCAGAUCUCUCUCUCUCUCUCUCUCUCUUUCUCUCUCGCCGUGAUUCAUGGGUUCAGCUCCGGCAGCACACGAAGCCACCGAGCGAUUGCUUGGAAACGACGCCAUGGAGAUACGAAUCGGAGAAGAAGAAGAAGCCAAGAUCCGGGUUGAGAGAUUAGAACGGCGAUCGGACACCGGAGAGGCGAUCUUGAAGGGAAUCAGCUUGGAGAUCCCCAAGGCCUCCAUCGUUGGCAUCAUCGGCCCUAGCGGCAGCGGUAAGUCCACUUUUCUCCGUGCUCUUAACCGUCUCUGGGAACCCUCCGCCGGCUCCGUGUUCCUCGACGGCGAUGACAUCCACCGCCUCGAUGUUCUCUCCCUCCGCCGCCGCGUCGGCAUGCUCUUCCAGCUCCCCGCCCUCUUCGACGGUACGGUGGCGGACAAUGUGAGGUACGGUCCACAACUAAGAGGGAAAAGGUUAACGGAUGCGGAGGUGAAGAAUCUCCUGAGCUUAGCGGAUCUAGACCCGUCUUUAGCCUCCAGACCCGCAUCCGAACUCUCAGUGGGCCAGGCCCAACGUGUAGCCUUAGCCCGCACACUUGCCAACGACCCAGAAGUAAUACUACUGGACGAGCCCACGAGCGCGUUAGACCCAAUAUCAACCCAAAACAUUGAAGAGGCCAUCGUACGGUUGAAAAAGACUCGUGGAAUUACUACCGUGAUGGUGUCACAUAGUGUUAACCAAAUCCGGCGUAUCGCCGACAUCGUCUGUCUUCUGGUGGCCGGCGAGGUGGUGGAGGUCUUGGAUCCCGUUCAUCUCUCCACCGCUCAACAUCCAAUGGCUCGCCGGUUUCUUGAGCUUAGCUAAUUAAUUUUAAUUAUGAUAUUGCUAUAUAUAUAUAUAUAUAUAUAAAUAUAAAUAAAUGUGGAUGAGUUAUGAAUCCGAAACCAUUGAGGUAGAAGAGAGUUGAAUUCUCGAUCUAUCGCUUUGGAGGUGGAUGAACUUUUAAAUUUUAUUUGUGGGGUUUUAAUGAGUAAUUUUUUUUUAAUAAUAUGUUAGGGUUGAA